CGCACGUUUUACAAUCAGAGGUUAUUACCAAAAUACAUCAACAUAUUGAAUCGUUUGCCCGUAAAACUUCUCACUACAGUUCUAAAGAAGUUCAUUAUCUUGAUUCAGCUAUAAACGUUAAGAUUAUGUAUAAUCUCUUUGCAAAAUUAUACCCGGAAUUAAAGAAUAUCGUCAAAUAUGUAUUUUAUUUAAAAUUCUUCAAAAAGAAUUUUGCACUAAAAUUUGAGAGGCCUCAAGUUGAUGUAUGUAGUCAAUGCGAAGAAUUAGGCACAAAACUUAAAGACCCAAACUUGAACGACAACGCGGAGAGAGUUGCAGCUGCCAAAUUGAUGUUCCAUAAACGUAGGGCAAACAAAUUUUACUCAAUACUUAAGGAAAUCACUACUUUGUGCCACGAGCGUGAAGAUGUUGGUGGAAUAGUUUUUGAUUAUAUUUAAAAUAUGCCACUGCCUGUUAUACCCGCCCAAGAAAUAUUUCAUUACAGACAAUUGUGGCUAUAUUGGUUCAAAAUACACGAUUUGAAAACGGAUCAGGGACACUUUUAUACAUACCAUGAAGAAGCCGCGAAGGGUCCCAAUGAAGUAUGCACAUUUAUUAAUGACUACGUGCAGAAAACGCCUGCAAAAAUUCAAGAGCUUCACAUAUUCUCAGAUAGUUGUCCGGGCCAGAAUCGUAACAACACCGUAGUGAGAUAUUUAUUAGCUUCAAAACGAUUUCGUAAAAUUUAUCAUUACUUCCCAGUACGUGGUCACUCUUUAUUGCCAUGCGACAGGGACUUCGGUUGUCUUAAAAGAGUGAUAAGAAAAUAUAAUAGAAUCUAUUUUCCAGAGAAUUACGAAAACAUGAAGCUGUCUUGCCGUAAAUUAAAACCAUUCGGGAUAUCAACAAUAUGCUAUAAAGAUAUCACCGAUUACAAAAACUGGUGGCCAAACCACUACAAGAAAACAUGUCAAUCUUCCGAUAACAUAAAAUCCAAAUUUACAGUAUCAAAUGACAGUUCUACACCUGGGUAUGUCAUAACUAGCGAGUAUAUUGGCGGACUCGUCUCAACAACUUUCAAGUUAGUCAAGCCUAAAGCAGACCCAACUUUACCUACUGCGCCCGCAUACUCAAAGAUAUUACCAAUCAAUAUAAAGAAAAUUGAUAACCUCAAAAAACUGAUGUAAUAUAUAACAGGGGGAAAUUUUGGAAUUUUAUUACCACAUUACGUCAUGGGAAACCAGCAACGUGGAAGAUGAAGAUUAACUUGAAUUAAUGUUUUUUUU